GUUUAAAGAAAGCAAUUGAAACUGCACUUUAUUCAUAGUUAACGUGUUUUGCUCUUGGUUCAUCCAUUUUUAACAUGUUUUCCACAGGGACACUGCUGUUCCUAACUACAAGUACAAGAUACUUUCUAGUUGAUGCUAAUGCUUUAGCGAAAGAAGUCUUCAAAUAAAAUGGAAUUAGAAAGUAAUGGAACAAACAUUACAAAUAGUUCAGUUAAUGAAACGUACGUUACUUCUGCAUACAAUCUUAAUCAAGAAGACAGCAACUGGAUUGUGACAAAUUCUUUUAUAAUCUUUACUAUGCAAACGGGUUUUGGUAUGUUGGAAUCUGGAUGCGUUUCUUUAAAAAAUGAAGUUAACAUUAUGAUGAAAAAUGUAGUAGAUAUAGUACUUGGUGGACUGACUUAUUGGGCAUUUGGUUUUGCUAUGAGUUUCGGAUCAGAGAGAUUAAAGAAUCCUGUUAUCGGUAUGGGUGAAUUUCUGAUAGAUCCUUCCAUAAAUGACGAAUUUAUGGGUCCAAAGUGUGCUGCAUUUUUGUUUCAAUUAAGUUUUGCAACUACUUCAACCACAAUCGUUAGCGGUGCUAUGGCCGAACGAUGCAAUUUUAAAGCUUAUUGCUUAUUUUCUUUCUUAAACACCAUUGUAUAUUGUGUACCAGCUGGAUGGAUAUGGGGUGAUCAUGGGUUCUUAAAAAAUUUAGGUGCUGUUGAUAUUGCUGGUUCAGGAGCAGUUCAUCUUGUUGGAGGCAUUUCUGCACUUGCAUGUGCCAUUAUGUUAGGACCAAGACUGGGCAGAUACGACAAAGGAAUUGAUCCAUUGCCUCUUGGAUGUCCGGUCAAUGCCAUUAUGGGUUUAUUUGUACUUUGGUGGGGCUGGUUAGCUUUCAAUAGUGGCAGUACAUACGGUAUCAGUGGACAACGAUGGCAAUAUGCUGCUAGGGCAGCAAUUUCCACUAUGCUAGCUAGCAUGGGAGGUGGUUUAAUUGGAUUAGGUUUCAGUUUAUAUAAUCCAAAUGGAAUUGAUAUUUUGAGCCAGAUAAAUGGUAUUCUUGGUGCACUGGUUGCAGUUACAGGCGGUUGUUUCCUUUAUAGAGCCUGGGAAGCUAUAUUCGUUGGAAUGAUCGGUGCUUUCAUCACGUGCUUCAUAAUGCCACUAUUAGAUAAAAUGCAUAUCGACGAUCCUGUUGGAGCUAGUGCAACACACGGUUUUAAUUUUAAUUUAGCCUUCAUUUUUCUUUCAUUUUUGACUUCUCAAUCUCUUUUGUCUUCCAAUAUAGGUGCAAGCGGAAUUUGGGGAAUCAUUGCUAUCGGUCUAUUUGCCGACAACCCAUAUCCUCUUAAUACUACCAAAGGAAGAAAAGGGUUGUUCAAAGGUUUAGCAAUAAUGGAUUCUUGUUUUCAAUCAAAUACAUUUUAUAUGCUAAAUAUUUCUUUCCAUAGGAGGAGGUUGGUACUUAUUAGGAAUACAAUGUCUAACUGUUAUAUGUUUAGCACUUUGGAGUUUUCUUGUAUCUCUAACUUUGUUAUGGGUAAGUUGUAUGAACUAUCAUUCAAAGAAAUUCUCCAAAUUGAAACUUAUGGUUCAGUUAUCAUUUCACUGUUUCAGUUCAUAAACAAAAUUAUACCAAUUAGAAUGAGCGUUCAUGAAGAACUUCUAGGUGCAGAUUUAGUAGAGCAUCGAAUAAGACAUAUACAGAUUGGAGUAAGCAGAGCUAUGUCUGCUAUUCGUCCAUUUUCACAAGAACAUGAAUUAAAUAACGUGCCUCCUGUAGGAAUCAAUCCUGGUCACGAUUCGUAUAUCGAAAGAUACAACCGUAAAAAUCGUUUAAAACAGAAAAAACGAUUUUCUCUCGGAAAAAAGUUAUCGAAGAUUUCUCAAAUAAAUACUAUUACCGACAUAGUAUUAACUGGAAGCAAUAAGCCAAAUUUCGCUUGGAUGGAUUAA